AUGUCGGUACCAGCAUUGAUUGCACAUUAUCUCCGUACUCAUAAGUACUCCGACACUCUCAAAGCGUUUGAGCUGGAGUAUGGUAAACCCAUUACAUCUAGUCUCCCAAAUAAUGAGACAUUGGAAGAGAUUAUCUAUGACCGUUUUGAGUUCCUCAAGCUUGAAUCAGAACUAGCAGAAUUGAACCACAAUGAGUCGGUGUUUAGACCGUGGUCGGUUCCAUUCCCGAAUUCUCCCUGUAAACUUCCGAUAUCUGCUUUAGUAUUAGGUACUUGUGGGAUCGGGUGUAAUUUGUGGCUCACAACUACAGACAAGCGAAUUAUCCUUUACGACAUAGACCAAGAAAAGACCAUAAAAGUAUAUCAGCAACGAGAAAUCUAUAAAAUGGUUGCUGCUGGUAAACCGGGAGAAGUGAUCUUAGUUAGUAUGAGUGGAGUUAUAACAAGAUGUAACAGUGAAACAUUGGACCCUAUAGCCACCAUAAAAGCUCACGGACGAUUGAUUCACGAGUUACGAAUUCUGAGUGAUAAAGAAUAUAUUGUGACUCAAAGCUCUGUUGAAAGGUCAAUCAAAGUAUAUGCUUAUGAGACUCUCGAAUUGGUAAGUCUGUUGCAGAUUCAUCCUUCCAGUGGUGGUCAACCUAGUUGUAUUGAAAUAGUUCCUACUUCUUCUGGAACUUUAUUAGUGGUUGGACAAGAAGAGAAUACUUUAUUAAGCAUUUACAACAUUACAUCGAUGACAUUGCUCUAUAAGGUUCUGUUGAACGAUGCUGAGUUUAGUAGCACACUUUUCACUCCUCGCAUAAUUCGGUAUAAAUUAAUUGCCAGUAAGCACUAUCUUGCAGUGGGAACAUCUCAUGAACCAUUUAUGCGCUUGAUUGUGGUUGAGAUUCCAGAUAUUACACCACCUAAACCUGUCCUCACAGCGGAACACGAAACUUUGCCUCCUGCUUUGAAACCUUGCACCAUUCUUCGUAAUGCUAUAGCUUCUAACAUCAACACUCUUUCGCCGCAAGAUAAGUUUCUGCAACCUCAAUUAUUUUGGCGCAAGCAUGGCAUGGGUAUACUAAUUCCUGGUGAUGAUGGUUGUAUACGAGGUAUCGAUUUACAGCGGCAAGAAGUGGUAGUCACAGUUAAGGUUAAUGAUGGGGCUUUUAAAUCACUGGCUCUUAUGAAUUUAAAUUCUGAAGCAUUGGUCACAUGUGGGAUCGAUAAGCAGGUUUAUCUUUUAAUAGAGAAAUAUUAA